GAAGAGUUAUCCGACAAGGCGUUACUAGAACCCUGACUCCGCCCUCAAUUGUUUCUACACUCUCUUGGAUUGGCCCGACCUUCGUGAGCUUAUAUCAGCCUAGAUCGGAUGUUUCGAAUAGCUUCUUGGGAAUUGUAGUCUUGAAGAAGGAACUACUUUGGCCCACGAUUCACACAGAAGACUUCAUAUCCCAGCGUGCCUCUGAGUAAAUCGAGAUGUAUGGUGUGUGAUCGUUUCGGACUUGGCUGCAUUAACUUUUGUGCCGCUGCUCGUGCUGCUCCCCGCAGACUUCACCCUCAGCGCAGAGCGGCAGGAUGGAUGGGACAUAUUUGCGGAGAAGAGGAGGCCCAUAUAAGACGGAACCCGCCACAGACUUAACCCGCUGGCGCUUGAGUAACGAAGAGGGUCGGCAGCAAUGGCGAUAUCUAGCAGAUGCUGAGGAUGUGAAGCGGGAGCAAACUGCGCUGGAGGCUCACUCUCUAGGGCUGGACAUAACUAAAUUCUUCCCAGUCUUGCCUAAAGCCUGUACUGCAGAGGAGGCAGCACUAAAUGGGAUGAAAUUUUUCUCAGGCCUACAAGCAGAAGAUGGUCAUUGGGCUGAGGACUAUGGAGGACCUCUCUUUCUGUUGCCAGGGCUCCUGAUUGCGUGCUACGUGACCAAGAUUCCAAUCCCAGGGGAAAGUAGGAAGGAGAUGGUGCGCUACUUGCGUUCCGUGCAACUCCCAGAUGGAGGAUGGGGCCUACACAUUGAGGACGUGUCCAAGGUAUUUUCUACUGUUCUCAACUACACGGCCAUGCGUAUUCUUGGAGUCAGCCCUGAUGAUCCAGACUUAUUGAGGGCUCGAAACAACCUCCACAGCAAAGGUGGUGCUGUAGGAGUCGCUUCCUGGGGUAAAUUUUGGCUGGCUGUGUUGAAUGUCUACAGUUGGGAAGGAAUGAAUACGCUUCUUCCUGAGAUGUGGUUGUUUCCUUCAUGGAUGCCAGGUAGCCCUUCCACGCUUUGGUGCCAUUGCCGCCAGGUUUACUUGCCAAUGGCCUACUGCUAUGCUGUCCGCCUCACUGCAGACGAAGAUGAACUUAUCUUGAGCCUUCGACAGGAACUCUAUGUACAGGAUUAUGACAGUAUUGACUGGCCAGCACAAAGAAACAAUGUUGCUUCUGGGGACUUAUACACACCACACAGCUGGCUACUGACGGUGGUCUACGCAAUAGUCAAUGUCUUUGAGCAAUUCCACAGCAAAAAAUUGAGACAGCGAGCCGUGGAGGAAUUAUAUGAUCACAUCAAAGCUGAUGACCAAUUUACCAAGUUCAUUAGCAUUGGCCCUAUAUCUAAAACAAUUAACAUGCUAGUGCGCUGGUAUGUGGAAGGAGAGAAGUCUCCUGCAUUUCAGGGACAUGUCUCCAGAAUCCCUGACUAUCUCUGGCUGGGUCUGGAUGGCAUGAAGAUGCAGGGCACCAAUGGAUCACAGCUUUGGGAUACAGCAUUUGCUGUUCAAGCUUUUCUGGAGGCUGGUGCCCAGAAGAGGCCUGAAUUUGCCAGUUGUCUGAUACAUGCCCAUCAGUAUUUCAGAAUCUCACAGGUUCCAGAUAAUCCACCUAAUUAUGAAAAGUACUACCGUCAGAUGAGCAAGGUAUGAUUAUAAAAGGUGACAGAAACGUGU